CCAGCAAUGAAAUCGACGAGAUACGCAACUUCUCGGCAAAAGGCUUGCCAGCAGUGUUCAGUUGCCAAAGCACGAUGCGACCGCAAAGAGAGAUGCUGCUCACGAUGUGCUCAGCGAGGCCUGUCUUGUGUCUAUGUGAACAAUACAGGCGGCCCAGUUCCUUUCUCCAGCAGCUUUGCGCGCAGUUCUGGCGGUCCUGUAUUCACGGCUCCAGCGCUGCCGCCAGACAUUCUCGAGUUUUCUAAUCUCGAUCUUGUUUGUCCAAUUAAUGCCGAGGAAAUCAGCAACCGCUGGCUCAAUGCGUACAUUCCCAUUCCCGGUCAAAGUGUCAAAAACUACCCGCCUACGGUAUCGGCCUUCAUCUAUCGCAUCUUAAAGUCGUACACUGGGAUGGCCAUACAUGGCCGUGGAUUCCCGCCAUUUGUACAUGUCUCUCAGCUGACUGGACUGAGUCAACCGCUCGCUACUUGUCUGAGCAUCAUACGCAUAUGCGAUCGGCCUUUACUGGGCAGUGAAAACGUGACGGCAGAGAUACUGCAGAGGGAGAUGAAUAAUCUCUAUGACCGGCGUGAAACUUACGACGACUUUUCUCUUCUCAGCGCAUUUCAAGCAUUUCUCAUGUACACAAUGGUCUUGUUCUUCAGGCUCAGCCAAGGCACCAAUCCGUUUCUUCGCCAGGCUAUGAUGAAUCUACAAGAGUUGGCAUGCGUGACAUCUCGCCGAGGGCUAAUGUGUGUAUCUGAGCAGCAACGCACGCGCCCCAAAUGGGAAAGCUGGAUCAUAGCCGAGGCUAAACGACGAACGCUCUACACCAUGUAUCUCUUUGAUAGCGUUAUUUCUUCUGAAGAUGGCUUGCCGACGUUCCUCGGCACCGAAUUGGAGGGAUUACCAGCCGCAGCUAGUAGAGCCCUAUGGUUUGCUCAGACACGACGGGACUGGGAGGCGGCUUAUAAUAUGCAUCUUGCGGAGUGGGUUGAGGGAAGCCUCUGCAUUGAUGAAUUAUGGCCCAUACCCGAAACAUUGAGUGAAGCUCUCGUAGCGAAAAGGCGAUACAGGGUGGAUAAUUGGUUGGAGAAUCUGGAUGAAUUUGGGAUUAUGCUUUAUACAGUAACUAGCUGUACACAUGGAGGGUAGUAUAGAAUUAUGUUAAAAAUUAAUAAUAGCCAACGUAUUAAU